GGCGAUCAGCCGCGUUUUGAGGAAAGAGGGGCCCCAAGGUUGGCGGGGCCGACGCUACGCGAUGGGGCGGCCGCGUGGCAUGCUGGGAAUUGUAGUUCGGUCCUUGCUUAGGGUUUCGGGAUGAGGCGCCAAAAUACAAGGUUUGACCUCAGCCUGCCCUUGUCAGUGCCUGGGCCACAGGUGAGCCGUUAUUGGCUGCCGUUAAGGACCGUUACCAUUCCCGGGCAGGUCCUGCUGGCAUUCCCAGGGUGGGCCGUCCCAUCCAGCCAAGUGUGCCUUACUUCGGUGAUUCCCCGGCUCCUGGUUUGGCAUUCUCACUGGCCACCUCUUUCCUGGGAAGAUGUUCCUGGUGGGCCUCACAGGGGGUAUUGCCUCGGGCAAGAGCUCGGUGAUUCAGGUGUUCCAGCAGCUGGGCUGUGCAGUGAUUGAUGUUGAUGUCAUCGCCCGGCAUGUCGUCCAGCCAGGAUACCCUGCCCACCGGCGCAUUGUGGAGGCCUUUGGCACCGAGGUCUUACUGGAGAAUGGUGACAUCAAUCGUAAGGUCCUGGGGGACCUGAUCUUUAACCAGCCUGACCGGCGACAUCUGCUCAACACCAUCACCCACCCUGAGAUCCGCAAGGAAAUGAUGAAGGAGACCUUCAAGUAUUUCCUCCGAGGAUACCGCUAUGUGAUUCUGGAUAUUCCCCUGCUGUUCGAGACCAAGAAGCUGCUCAAGUACAUGAAGCACACGGUGGUGGUGUACUGUGACCGGGACACCCAGCUGGCACGGCUGAUGCGGCGGAACAGCCUGACACGGAAGGAUGCGGAGGCCCGGAUCGAGGCCCAGCUGCCCCUGAAGGACAAAGUCCUCAUGGCCCGCCACGUCCUGGACAACUCGGGGGAGUGGAGCUCCACCAAACGCCAGGUCCUGCUCCUGUAUGCCGAGCUGGAGCGCUCCCUGGACUACCUGCCGCUGCGGCUCGGGGUCCUGACUGGUCUAGUGGGCAUUGCCAGCCUCCUCUACCUGCUUACCCGCUACCUCCUGCCUUCCCCCUAGCUGGCCUCUCCCAAUGCAGAAGGCCCCGGGCCUCAAUCUUAGAGGCUGAGGCACAAGCCUGUCAACUCUCUCUCUCUCUCUCUCUCUUUCUCUCUCUAAAUCUGGACUGAGCAUGGUACUGGGGUGACCCUUCUUUGAAGUAUAUCCUGUCUGAGGCAGAGGAACAGUCCUGUCAGUGGCACUCCUCCCCACCUUCCCUAGGGCUCCUCCCUCUGGAGCCACCCACAGAAUGGUAUCCACGAUGGGGCACGAAAGCAGUGGUAGGAAAUUGUUGUAAACUUCUUGGGGGUACAGGUGAGGAACACGGUCUCAGUGGCCAAUGGCAGUGUUCAAAGCUGGGCGGCUCCCUGGGCUUGAACCAUCUCCAAGCCCAUGCCCCAUCAUGACCCACACCUGCUUCCUGGACCGAGGAAAUCAUUUUGGACCAAGGGCCACCACCUUGGGACAGCAUUCUCCCCCAGGUUGAAGCCCUCUGCAAGAUGCAGUGAGGCCCCUGCUGUAAGUACUGCUGUGGCGGGGCCUCCUGUGGGCUGACCCACUGCCCCCCCACCCGUGGCAUUUCUCAAGCAUUCCCCACACCCACUCACCACCUGCCACCAGUUGCCUCCCACUCCGUGUCCUCUGCGCCCUGAACUCAGUAGUCCACAUGCACCAGGCUGUUUCUUGCCUCUGUGCCUUCGGUGUGCUGUUCCCUCACCUAGAAUACCUUUAGUUUUUCUACAGCUGGGUAACCCCCAGCUCAAGCACCAUCCGAAGCCCCAGGCUGGUCAGGUGCCCUGGGGACUACUCCCUCCAUGUUUUAGUUUAACCCACAGAACUGUAAUCAGCCGAAAGCUGGUUGGUCUCGCCUAGACUGUAAGCCACUUGAGGGCAGGGACUGUGUCUCGUCCAUCUCUGUGUUCCUGCUGCAGAGCCUGACUGGCCAUUGGUGCUUAAUAAAAUAAAGUGUGUUGAUCUGAAA